ACGUUUUGACGUUUCGAUUCUUUUUUUCCUGCACAAAAAUCGCAAUCCAUCGCAAAUGAACGACAUUCAAUAAAAUUCCCAUUUUUCAAGUGAAUUUUAAUGUAACGCAAAUCAUUCUAAACGCAUCGACCACCCAAUGGCAGGCAAAAUGUACUCGGACUAUGAGGAUGAUUUCGAUGAUGAGGUUGACGAGAUCCCCCGUUUUAAUUACUUGGAACAGCAGCAACAACAACAGCGAUAUCAGUAUGUAAAUUCGGAACGAGAUUUGGUGCUCCCGCUACAAAAGCACAAAAACGUUCAGCCGCUGUAUGAGAGCCCCGACGAAAUUUCCAUGCGAAAAUACAUCGGUGUCAGUGUCGGUAUGGUCAGUUUGAUCACCGAAAAUCUAUUAAGUCAUCCGUUCGUUGUACUACGGAGACAGUGUCAGGUCCAUAACAAUUCCAGCAAAUAUCACCUCGUUCCGGUUACCUUAGUUCCAAUUAUUGUCCACUUACAUCAACGGCAGGGUGUCACAACGUUAUGGAAAGGAUUGGGCAGCUGCCUGUUAGUUCGCGGCAUGUCGUUGUCCAUCGAAGAUGCCUUCACGAAAUUCACAACAUGGCCGAAGGAGGUCAACUCGAACACAACGUUGAAGCAGUUCGGUCAGCACAUUCUGCUGAAAUGCAUCAGUCUGACCAUCGUUCUUCCCUUCUACUCAGCGUCAUUGGUGGAAACGGUCCAGAGUGACAUAGCCAGUGAGAAGCCGGGAAUAUUCGAUGUGUUUCGCGAAGGUUUUUGCCGAUUGCUCGCUUGGAGUGCCCCGCAAAAGGGACGAAUGUUACCGAUUUGGGCAUUGGUUGCGCCUAGCUUAACGCUGGGAUUGUCCAAAUACAUUUUCGGUUUAACCAUCAAAGGAGCCACGACCAGAAUCUUGACGUAUCGCCUGAGACAGGCGCAGGAAGUGCGCGGGGCUCGUUCGAAGGACAUCGAAGCUGAGAAACAGGAUAUCGAAAUCUACUCGACCCUCUUGUCCGUCAUGACAACCGAAGUGCUGUUCUAUCCUUUCGAGACCAUCCUGCAUCGCAUACAGCUGCAAGGAACGCGCACCAUUAUCGAUAAUUUGGAUUCGGGUUACUCGGUCGUACCGAUAAUGACGUCGUACGAAGGCGCCAUCGACUGUUAUAGAACCACCAUCGCUACGGAAGGCAUAUCGGGACUGUACAAAGGUUUCGGUGCGAUGGUGCUGCAGUUUGUCGCGCACGUAGCUGUGAUCAAAUUGACCAAAUGGAUUGUCACCCAAAUCACCGAAAUUUGUUCGUCAAAGCCGCCGCCAAAGGUGGCCGAAUUUUACAAUUUGGAUCCGAGGCAUUCGCUGGAUUCGACCACAUUUACGCGAAGCAUCAGUUCGUUGAGCAUCGAAUGAAGCGACCGGCGUUUUCAUUUCCAUGUAAUUUUGGAGAGACGGACCCGAUCAUUCGAUCAGAAAUGUGACUGUGAUAAACGAAAUGUGUGUGAAUAGUUGUGACGGUGUGGCAGCGUUUUAAAAAAAAAAAGAAGAAAAGUUCGAUUAAACAGUUUGUUGUUUGUUGGGCAGUGGCUCUAGUCAAAAAA